AUGCAAACAACAUUGGCGGAGACUAAGCUGAGACUGAAGCAUCAUGAUGGCCUCCAGAGUGCUGUUCCUUUUCCAGCUGCUCCUGCAGACCUCCCUGGUCUCAGCAUCUCAUCACUGGGGAGGAACCUUGAAUGUUGCCUACAAAGGAAGGAACCCUGAUGGAUCCUUUAAGAUGUCCCUCCGAGCCAGAGACACUUAUGAUAGCUGUGUUUAUACACAUUACUGGAGUUGUUACAGCGGCAACUGUGGUAUUUCAACCAGUAAAACCAAAACUCAGAUUGACUCAAGCACCAAUGUACCAUCCUAUAAAAACCAAUGGUGCGAAACAGAACUUGUUGAGACAUGGACCUUACUGAGUGACAAGCCUUUGAAAUUCCGAGCAUCUAGCUGCUGCUGGUUGCCAACACGUAACUCAGUUCAAAACUGGAGAUUGGAUUCCCUUGUGGAUUUUGGUACAAGAUCAGACACGAUGGAACCAAAUAAAUCACCUGAAAUUGCCAUUGUCCCCUUUUUAAGAGUCCCUGAGAACUGCCCCAGAACAUACAAACUGGCUGCCUUUGAUCCUGAUGGUGACAGGGUCCGCUGCAGGUAUGGGAAUUUACAUGGAUUCGAGUGUGACAAUUGCCAUCUCCCCUCAGGCUUCCAGCUUGACCAGGAUUCUUGUACAUUGCACUAUCAGCAAACCUCUCAUGAAAAAAGUGUCUUUGGUUUUGAGAUGGUUGUAGAAGACUAUCCACGCAGCACCAUUGAUUUGUCCUAUUCUGAUGGAUCGAGUGUUCGCAAGCAUCCAAUGGCUUCAAGAGGGAAGAGAUCCCCAUCAAUGACAUCUCCAGCUAUAGCCACAACUACUACUACUACUACUACUACACACCCAACAACUAUGACUACUACUACUAGACCAUCAGCCAAAACUUUACCUAUGACUACUACUAUUACUACAACACCCCCAUCCACAGCUCUACCUAUGAAUACUACUACUACUACAACACCCCCAUCCAAAGCUCUACCUAUGACUACUAUUACUACAUCCCCAACAACAGCUCUACCUAUGACUACUACUACUACAUCCCCAACAACAGCUCCUACCUAUGACUACUACACCCCCAUCCACAGCUCUACCUAUGACUACUACUACAACAUCCCCAACAACAGCUCUACCUAG